GAAUGUUACUUGUUUUCAAGCAGCACAUAGGACCGAAAGCAUUGAUUUCUUCGUCUGUCAUUUUAGUGAUUCCGGGAUGUGCGAGACGAUGUGUUCGUCUUCUUACUAAAUAUUCUCUUUAAAUUCGUAACAGGAUAACCACCUUGUUGUUUCAUAUUACUUAAACUUGCAUACAUUUGUACCAUGGUGUGAUAACGUUAUCCUCCCUCAACACAAUACAAGAGCAAUUUUCCUCUUGAUAGCCAAAGUCUUGUUGCUACCCUUGUUUAUGUGCUGAGUGCAGAAAAAUAACUAGCGUACGGUGCUAGAAGGACAAGGGAUUGGCAACCAUGGCAACGCUUCUUAAAGCGUUCGGUAGCUUCUUAACGAAGCAUCCUUUGGCCGGUAAUAGUCUGGUAUAUGGGACGCUGUACGUUGGAGCAGAAUUUUCUCAACAGACGAUAACGAGAAAAAUUCUGACGGAUCCGCCUCAAAAUAUUGAUCGACCAACGUUGGCCCGGUACGCCAUCAUGGGCACGUUUGUCUAUUCACCGAUACUAUACAAUUGGUACAAAUGGCUGGACAAAACAUUGCCAGGUACCGCGAAACGGAUUAUCGUGAAGAAACUGCUUCUGGAUCAGUUCAUAUUAACUCCUCCCUUAUUAGUAAUCUUUUUCACUGGCAUGUCACUUAUGGAACGAAAACCUUCCAUCACAGAAGAGUGUCGCCAAAAGUUUGGUGCUACUUUUGCACGCUCCUGUCUCUUUUGGAUUCCGGCUCAAACUCUCAACUUUGUUCUAGUACCACCCAAAUUUCGCGUAGUGUAUGUGGGUUCUUGUGCCUUUGCGUGGGUUAAUAUAUUAUGCUGGAUAAAGCGUCAACAAAUUGUUAGCACGACGAAAACCGCGAAAAGCUUUGAAUGAUUAUUGGUAUUUUAAUCGACUGUUACAGUUGAACUCUAUGAGAUUUUUUAAAGUAAUUAGAUAGCAAAGAACAAGAAAAAAUCCUGGCCUUAUAGCUAGCAACAGCUGAUUGCUGCGUAUGCACAACACGUACCGCACGUACUGAACUCGUUACGAUAAGCUGAAUAAAAUGGCUCUUUAGAUAUAUUAUAAUGCAUAAAGUACAAAAAUGUAUACAGUCAGCUUUAUUUUUGAAACGUAACACAAAUGAAUUGGUAAGUCCCAGUGUCUCGUGCUAUGUACAUCUGUUAAUACAAUGUAAACAAGCUUUUUUCCUAAUAUAUUGUUAAUAAUAAUGUUGGAACCAUACCCUUUUUUCUAUUCUACUUACUGCAAAUUCGUAGGUGUCCGGACGAUUAAACUCUUUCGGAAGCGGUGCGACCUAAUGUUAAACACUAUUUAUAAAAAUAAUUCACACCUUUUUCACUUUUUCCUAACUUCGUCGUCCUCCCUUCCGCUUCCCAUAUUUAUCACCCAACGGCCAUGAGCGUCGAAUCCACCAGCUCGCCAUUAUGGGGGCCAGAGAAGGAAAGCAAGUCAGACAACGCGCACAACUUUUGUAUACAUAUCUGAAAUUGAUUAUAAACAAAUGAUUUUACUCGAUCGUAUUUCGAUCCCAUCACUCUGCUCAGCGAAACAGGCAAAUGCUCAUAGUUGUGAGAUGAUGUGGUAUGGUAGCAUGUAGCAUGAACAUAAGUUCUGAACGGAUAGUUUGCCUUCUUUUUGAAUUGUAACACUCAGGAACAAAAGGUGACCACUUAGCAGCAAAACACUUUACUAGAGAUUUGUUUCAGUUUUCUAACAUGAAUGCACUAGUCCUAGCAGCAUAAUCGUUUAUUACUGCUGUAAUUUGAUUGCACUAUCUGCAAUAGAUCUGCCGAAAAAAGGGGAACUACUGCCAGCAACAUAUGGGGAACAGCAAAUCGCGAUGCUCGAGUGUACAGAACUG